AGUACUAUGAAUUAUCGGCUUCUUUUUGUUUUUUAAUUGCUUCUCUUGAUUAAAUGGCUAAUUAAACUGUUUUCAACUAUUCAAAUUUUGGAGCGGCAUUUAUUUAACUAUUUCUGAAUAUAGUAUGAAUAACUUGGUUGAUGAUUUUUUGAACCAGUAUGAACAGUUCAAUUGAUAGAUUAGUUAAUUUUUUUUUUCCAUUUAAUGUUUAGACCAAUUAUCAGAUUUUAAUGCCAAGUUGAUCUGAAAAAGUCAUAUGUUUUUGUGAUCUUUUGGUUGGCUGAAGUCACAUGUAUGUGCAACCUAGCUCUUAAUGCUUAGAUUGGCUAAAAUCACAAAAAUUUAAUGCCACGUUGAAUUAUGAUCUUGCUUAUUUUGAGUGUUUUAAUUUGAAAAAGAUAAGUAAUUAUAUCAAAGGUAAAUUCAUGUUGUCCUUUUUGGGAAGUAGAAAAAACAACAAAAUAACAUGCCUUAAGACAUUUUGAAAAGUAGCAAAUCACAAAAAUUUUAGGCCAAAUGAGUUAUAAUCUUGCCUAUUUUGAGCUUUGAAUGUGAAAAGUAAAAAUAAAAUGAUAUCCAAGGUCAAUCACGUUGCCCUUUUGGAGAAAUGACAACUUUUGCUAUUGAGAAAAUGGAGCUGCCACGUAUUUGGAAGAAAGCUUUUGGAGGCCGCAUUCUGGCAAAUUGAUGAUUGUCCAAAUAUUAUCUGCUGGCAUACCAAUACUUUGUCACUAGAAAUGAGAACAUAGUAGGUUUUUCAGGUGUUUUCAGCCAGUCUUCUUUCGUCUGAGUUCAAUUUUUUGUUGAAGCAAUGGGAAUUUGGACUUUCUAUGUCUAAUCUUUAGUUAUUACGAAAUUAUGCAAUUUAAGGAAGUUAUUGAAUCUUAAUGUUGUCUUAAGAUGUGCUUGUUGGUGUUCAACUUCCGUUUGAUCAUUGUUUCUGUGGCUUGGUUUGAAUUAUAGAAGUUUAGAUGGUCUCUGUUCCAGGUUGAAGAACUAGUGGUAGAUGUCUUUUCUUGUUUACACCAUACAGAAUAUAUAUUUAUCAUAAUGAGAAAAUUAUUUGUCUUUUGCACUUGGCCGAAUCGCUCAUCUCCUGUGAAAGCGAGGAGCUACAGGUAUUACAGAUUUUUGGAAAAGAAGAUACUGGAAAUUCUCUAGAAUGGAUAUAAAUUGAAAAAGCAGAAGGAAAAAAACAAGGAAGAAAGAAAGAAGUUAUCUCAGAUGAUACAUUAUCUAACCAAGUCUCGUUGUUCUGCAAUUCUGAACACUAUCUAAAAGAGCACGCUUGGACCAAAGGGGAAGCUCUCAGUCAGAUGCAGUCUCUCCCACAGGAAAUGAAAUCGCAAUGGAUAUUUUCCCGCAUUCUGCUAUGGAUCUUCAGUUGAAGGAACAGCUUCUUUCUGGGAAUGAUUGUGCUAUGAAGGUAAGAAAACCGUACACUAUUACAAAACAGAGGGAAAGGUGGACUGAAGAAGAGCAUAAGAAGUUUGUUGAGGCUUUGAAGCUAUAUGGUCGUGCUUGGCGACGGAUAGAAGAGCAUGUGGGCACCAAAACUGCUGUUCAGAUUAGAAGCCAUGCUCAAAAAUUCUUUUCUAAGGUGGUUCGGGAGUCGAGCAACAGUGAUGCAAGCUCUGUUAAACCCAUUGAGAUACCUCCUCCUCGUCCAAAGAGAAAACCAACACAUCCUUACCCUCGAAAGCUAGUAACUCCUCUUAAAACUGGAACGUUGGUCACAGAGCAACCGAGGAGGUCUGUGUCUCCAAAUUUAUCUCUUUCACCACAAGAAAAUCAAUCUCCAACUUCGGUGUUAUCCACAAUCGGUUCAGAACUGAUGGCUACAAUCGAUUCAAAUACCAGAAAUGGUAGUAUAUCACCCGUUUCAUCUCCUUCUGCCAUCAAUUGCAGUGGCUGCUUACCUUCCGAAUCCAAUUCACCUGCAGAAAAAGCUGGAUCUGAACCACAGGUUCAUUUACCUGCUAGUUCUGCUACUGAUGAGCAAAUCCUUGUGAAGUUGGAGCUCUUUCCUCAAGACGCUGCUUCUGUGAAAGAAGAGGAAGCCGAGGCAGCAGCUGCUCAGAGUCUGAAGCUUUUCGGGAAAACUGUUUUAGUCCCCGAUUUCCACAGAGCUUGUGAAUCGUCACGUCCCAACAUGAAUCCCGGGCAACCCAAGCAUGCUCUACCGAGUAAGUUAAUGCCCACGGAGUCUUCAUCACAGAAUAAAGAAGGAACAUGGAAUCCUACAGAUGGAGCCCUUGCAUCAUUCUACUACAUGCAGUUGCCUAAUGAAAACUCGAACGUGAUUAAUGGUCGUGGCGGUCCUCUACCAUGCUGGCCCUUUUAUGGAGGCAUAUCGUUUCCCCAUUACCCGCUGCACAACCCGGUUCCAAGAAAAGCUCGUCCACCGUGUGACAUUGGGCAAACCCCUGAUAGAGAAGUUCAAAAAAAGGGAUCGAACCCCAGAUGCAUAAACGCAGCUGCAGAUUGUGGUGGACGUUUGGAAGUUGGCAAACUUGGUGGAAAAAAGUCAUCCUUCCCAGAGCAAAGAGCCAGCCCUGAGAAAUAUCUGAAGAAGGGGAAGGGGUUUGUGCCAUACAAAAGAUGCCUAGCCGAGAGAGAUUCCCAGUUAUCAUCCAAAACAAAUGAGGACAGGGAAGAGCAGAGGGUUCGACUCUGCUUAUAGCAGUGAUCUUUUCUGGCGUUCAUUUAGCACAUAGCACAAAAUUCUUUUGACUAGUUGAGGAAUCAGCUGAGAGGUUCGAUCGGUUGAAUCGGUAACUGUAACAGAUCAAGCUCCUGGAUGACAGCAAAGAAGGGUCAAUGGCGGCCUUGAGGUGAGUAGCCAAUUAUGCAGCACCUUUGAAGUCCCGUCUGGUUUAGUCCUGUUUUCCCCCCUGCAAAUGCUCAAUCUAUUGAUCAACUUGCUCUGUAAUAUGUUUCAUUUUUUUCCGGCCCGUUGAUGUCAAAGACAUGUUUCUUUGUAAUUUUUCUUCUCUAUUCAUAAAUGCCAAUUCCCUAUCCCUCCCCCUCCU